AUGUCACGACCAGUUGAUCAUGAUGAAGAAUUUUCUUCACGAAAUGUUGUUUUGAUUGGUUGGACAGGUGAUGAAAAUGUGACAUAUGAUAGUUUACGAACAGCACUUCGUUAUAUGCUUGAAAGUGGGCGUAUAGGUUAUGUUGUUUUUGGUUCUGAUAUUGGUGGUUAUCGUUUUGAUCAUGAUCGUGGUCCAUUCGAUCGUACAAAAGAAGUUUUUCUUCGUCCAAAUAUCUAUGUUGUGCCUGUAACACACGAUCCAUCUCCUGGACGAAUUCAACGUGUAUGGUCACCAAAAAAAGAUACAAGUAGUCCUUAUCGUAUUCCAUUAUAUGUUGAACAAAAUGCAUUUAUUCCUAUGUAUGAUAUGAAAAAAAAAAGUUCAUCAUUAUAUGCAUUUCGAUUUGUUUCAUGGGUCAAAAUGAUUAUUAAUCAGCAAACAACAACAUUAUCUGCUCGUGAUGGACAACAGUGGUUAUUAAAACUAGAUAAUUUAAAGCAAAAAUUGACUAUUCAAUUGAUUGAACAAUAUGAAUCAGGAAAAAAGAAGAAUGUUAAACAACAAGAGGUUUGUGUAAAAGAUUGGAUAAAACUUGUUUAA